AAAGACAAACAAACGAUAGCUUUGGGCUUAAUGUAACCAAACGGUUUAUUACCGCCCCCCCAAAAGAAAAUAUUUAUUGCUAGCGACAGAAUUUUUUUAAAUCUUAGUUGUGAGUAUUUCAGACGCUUAAGCGCAGGUUUCUUCAAAUGCGGUUUUUUUUUACCUUCACAAUAUGGCGAUGCUAUUAUUUUUGUUAGCGUUAGUACUAUUAUAGGUAUUUUUAUGUGACCUUCACUAAUACAUUGUUUGUUAAAUAUAACCUAUAUGAAUACUGUAAAGGUGAAAUUAGAAAAAACUAAUUAUGUUGUGUAUUAAAUAGAAAUCGAUGGUAACGUCCUUUUUUUGUUUCGUUUUAAUCAGGCAUCUAAGCGGCCCCCUAAAACAGCCGCCGUUCACUUUAGCUUCUGUUAGUUGUAAUGAUUUUCAAAUUUAGCGUGCGUGUAAAUAUUUGAAGCGUGUCUGUUCCAGUUAGUUUUUUGUAAGAAUGCAAGUACUACCGCCGAUUAUUUGCUCUACGUUUGACAGUCAUUCUUAUCUUUGCGGUUUGGCUAGCUGCGUUAGCCUAGCUUCCGGUUAGUCGCGGCGCUUUUUGUUUUUGCGCUCUUUGGGGCCAUGGUGGUGGAGGUGGAAAGCUUUUUUGGUGUGUACAUGCUGUACAGCGUCAAUCCUAAAUUCAAAGGGAGAAUUUACAUCGGCUUUACUGUCAACCCCGAGAGGCGGGUCGGACAACAUAACGCAGGGCGGGGCAAGGGCGGAGCCAAGAAGACAAGCGGAAGAGGACCAUGGGAGAUGAUCCUCAUCGUUCACGGCUUCCCCUCUGAUAUCGCCGCCCUGAGGUUUGAGUGGGCGUGGCAGCACCCUCACGCCUCCAGGCGCCUCUCCCACGUCUCUCGGCGCUCGAAAAAGGAGUCCAGCCUGCAGUUCCACUGGCGCAUGGUCUCCAACAUGCUGCGGGUGGCGCCGUGGUGCCGCCUGCCCCUGACGGUGCGCUGGCUGAAGCAGGAGUACAGAAUGGACUUCGAGCCGAGCCUCCAGCCUCCGCUGCACAUGCCCGUCACUUUCGGGAGUGUCAGAGCCAAGAAGAAGCCGGCGGUGCAGCCGGUGCAAGAGGAGGCGGAGUCUCUGAUGUGUUUCCUCUGCCACGGAUUGGUCAAGGCCUGUGAGAUGCUGAGGUGCUUCCACCCGUCCUGCGGGAUGAGCAGUCACAUGACCUGCCUGGCGCGGCGCUUCCUGAAGUCGGAGCAGUGCCACCUGCUGCCAGUGGAGGGCGACUGUCCGUGCUGUGGCCGCAGUGUGCUGUGGGGAAGUCUCAUCCGCCAUAAAAAUGGCUGCUUUGGGGACCUGGAGGAGAUCGCCCCUUCAUCUCAAAGUCACUGGGCAGAUGAGCUGCAGAUACGAGGACGUGAAGGUCUUUAAAUUAUAACAAGGAUCAGCAGACGCUGAACUGAAUAUCUACUUUUAAUAUCGUUUAAUAAAAUAAUACCAGACACAUGUUUCUGUGACAGAAACUGAAUACACACACAAAAAACAAAUACACAAAAAGUCGCUUCAGCCUGAAAACAUUUUUAUGACAUGAAACAAAAACCAAGUGUGUGUUAUAAUAAAAAAAAAAAAAAACCCUUUCCAGAGCUCACCGUGGGAUAAAUGUUGAUCCAAUACU